CGCUCAGGGCUUCGGAUCCGUUGUCUGUGAGCAGAUAACCUUUAUCAGAAAGGAUGGAGUUGGGAAAAGGAAAACUUCUCAGGACUGGACUGAAUGCGUUGUAUCAAGCAAUACACCCAAUUCACGGCCUUGCCUGGACUGAUGGGAAUCAGGUAGUCCUGACUGAUUUACACCUUCACGGUGGAGAGGCCAGGUUUGGGGACUCAGCGGUCAUUGGACAAUUUGAACAUGUGUAUGGGGUGUCCUGGGCCCCACCUGGUACAGCUGACACACCUGCUCUGCUCGCUGUCCAGCACAAGAAGCAUGUCGUCGUGUGGCAGCUGUGUCCUAGCACUACGGAGACAAGCAAAUGGCUGAUGUCUCAGACCUGUGAGAUUAGUCAGUCACUCCCUGUCCUUCCCCAGGGCUGUGUGUGGCACCCAAAAAGUGCUCUCCUGACUGUGUUGACUGCACAGGAUGUCUCCGUUUUCCAUAAUGUUCACUGGGACAGUUCCCGGGUCAAAGUGGACAUCAGCACCCAAGGCCUCAUUCACUGUGCAUGUUGGACCCAGGAUGGCCAGAGGCUGGUGGUGGCCGUAGGCAGCAGCGUGCAUUCUUAUAUUUGGGACAGUGCUCAGAAGACUCUUCACAGGUGCUCCUUCUGCCCAGUGUUUGAUGUGGACAGCUACGUGCGCUCAAUCGGAGCCACUGUGGACUCACAGGUCGCUAUAGCCACUGAGCUUCCACUCGAUAAGAUUUGUGGCUUAAAUGCAUCUGGAACCUUUGAUGUUCCCCCUAGUAGUGAAGGCACUUGUCUGUAUACUUUACCAGUUAUUGACAAAGUUUCCUCUGAAACAAGUUCUGAAACACCAGUUUCUCCCUUUUCUUCAUCCUUUUCUGAUCCUCUGGAUCUAACUCAUAUACACUUUGAUAGAUCUAAAUCUGAGGCUAGUUCUCUUAUUUGUCUAAGAAAAAAGGACUACUUGACAGGAACUGGCCUGGAUUCUUCACACUUGGUCCUCUUGACGUUUGAGAAGGAGGUUACCCAGAAAAGAAAAGUCACCAUCCCAGGCAUUCUGGUUCCUGAUCUAAUAGCGUUUAAUCUUAAAGCACAGGUAGUCGCAGUGGCUUCCAAUACGUGUAAUAUAAUUUUUAUCUAUUCUGUCAUUCCAUCAUUUAUGCCAAACAUCCAGCAAAUUCAGUUAGAGAGUAAUGAAAGACCAAAAGGCAUAAGUUUCUUGACAGAUAAAUUAUUGUUAAUUUUGAUAGGAAAACAGAAAUCCAGUGAUUCGGCAUUUCUUCUUUCUUCAAAGUCUGAUCAGUAUAUGAUUCGUUUGAUUGUUAGAGAAGUUAUGUUGGAAGAAGACUCUCCAAUGACGCUGAAUGAAAACCAGAGUGGUUACUCUGCUUUCAGUACUCUGUUAAAUAAAGCAAAUAGAAAAAACCUAAUUGAAAGUCUUUCCCCAGAUUUUUGUCACCAAAACGGAGGGCUCUUGUUAACAGCUAAUAGCACCAGUCAAAGUGGAAGGCCUGGAAGAACUCUUAUUCAAGAAAUCAAAAGUCCUCCAUCCAGUAUCUGUGAUGGCUCCACAGCCCUAGAAACUCUAGAUGCCGGGCCUGUUAACCAGUCGGUAACACUGCCUGGACCCAGCGGCACACCAGACCACACCAGUACCGCGGGACCUCCUAACUUACAAGUGGAAAAGGAAACUUACCAGCUAUCUCAGAUACUGGAAAUUUUAUCUAGGAACCUGACUGAAGUGCAGCAGCAUCUUUCUGAACUCUCAGACUUUCUACGUAAUGGAAAGAAAUCCUCUCCAGUGUAUCCACUCUCUCAGGAUGUGCCUUAUGUUCACAUCACUUGCCAGAAAUCUUAUUUUUUAGGUCCUGUUGUAGAAAAAAGAGCCGUGCUUCUCUGCAACGGCAAGCUAAGACUCAGUACAGUCCAGCAGACUUUUGGCCUCUCUCUUAUUGAAAUGCUGCAUGACUCCCACUGGAUCCUUCUCUGUGCUGAUAGCGAAGGCUUCAUCCCCUUAACUUUCACAGCCACACAGGAAAUAGUCAUAAGAGAUGGUGGACGUUCCCCAGCUGGGAUUUGUACUGUCGCUGGGAGGUGAAGAACUUGCCACGGCUGGCUCGGCCUCCUCUCUCCCCAGGCUGACAUUGCCUACUCUCAGCAGAGCCCAGUCUUUGGUAGAUGGCUCAGAAAGUGGUUAUUUAUGUGUUCAUUACUGUGUGGUUUUGUCUAAGGGCAGAAUUCCCGGCGCAAAGCGAUUUUAUGUUGCCAUAUGGAUUGUGUUUUGUGGUUUCUCUGAGGUUUUUUUGUCCCUUGCCCAAAACAGUGUUAAAGCCCUUAGAAGCACUUAAAAGGUACCUCAGCAUUGUUAUAGAUCUUUUUCUUGGCUUGAAGUUGAGUGUGAGGAGUGCUGGAGAACAUCUGCUGCAGCCUGUCUUUUUACCCCAAACGAGAAGAAAUCAGCAGAGCUCAAAGGAAGACAAAAAAUCGAUUGACUUCUGCUCCCAGGGCUACCUAGAACAGAAAGUAGUUCUCAUGUUGGCUGGACCUCCCAGGAUUUAAACCUAACCCUCUCGCUUCCCUAGAAAAUUCUGGCUGACAUAGUUCCAGGUACUCCUAAAAACUGUCCCUGGGCAAAUUUCAAAUGAAAUUUCAGGUGCUUUGACUCCCUCUGGACCACACUUGAGUGUGUCCUGAUGUUACUAGUAUAAUGCCAAGCAUAGGUGAGGCCUACAGCAUGAUUUUGUGCUGUUGCCACUCAUGAUUUUCUCCGUGAUAGGUUACCCACCCCCCAUUGUUGGGAUCAUAAAAAUGUCCUAUUUUUUUCCCAGUAAUCAACUCCCUUAAAUUGUCACUUUAAUUUUAAUAUUUUUCUUCCCCCCACCCCCCGGAUUCAAGUCUUAGAGACCAGCAUAGAAUCUGCGAGAGAAAGUUUUUAUUUCAGAAAGUUAGAGGGUUCACUGAAUCUGAGAUAGUUUAUUAUAAUUAUGGGCUAAAGCGCCAGCUUAGCAUAGUGGAAAGAGCCCUGAUUCCAGCUUCAGAUAGACUCACCAUUUCUCACUGCCUUCAGAUAGUCAUAAGCUUCAGUCACUGCAGCAUAACGAACAGAUCAGUGUGUAGCUGGUCAGAGCACAUCUGCAGAUAAAUUGUUUCAGCCAUAGGAGCUCAGAUGCAUAAGAGCUCAAGUGCAUCUUUUUCACCCUUUAUUUUAAAAUCAUCUGGAAAGAAAUAUAUUGUACCCUUGAGGACUCCUGUUGGUCUGUUACAGUUUAUGAAGGUGGAACUGGGAUAGGGAAGAAACAAGGGCCCACUUUGUGAUUGAAAUGCAUUAGAGGAGCUGCUGGGAUAAUGGAAGUGGAGCCCCCUUGUCUGGAAUCAGUUGCCUGAGAGCAUUGGCUGAGGACAGUCUGAGGCCUGCUUCCAUUUUCAAAGAAAGUGUCCGGGUGGGGUGAAAGCAUAGAACUGUGAAGCCUCAAGAGGGGGUCUGGGGUACCCCAUAGUAAGACCAGUGUAGGUGCCACACUCAACGUGUAUGUUAUAAUCAUUUCGCUGGUCAGAAUCCUGUGAAUGAGUCUUCAAUAAAAUCACUAAUGGUUGUUGUGGCUUUUGUGAAUGUUUUGAUGGUGUUUGCUUUGUGAUUGUUUCUGGUAUAAAGGAAUGUUCUUGAUUUUA